AUGUCGCCAACGUCACAACAACUUCCAGAGCUCUCAAAACCCCUCCAGUUGCCUUUGAGCGAGUCAGAUCUCUCCAGCAUCAACGCCUAUCUGUCGUCUUUGACCCCUGAAGAAAUUCUGAAAUGGGGUGUGGAGUACUUGCCCAACUUAUACCAGACGACGGCCUUCGGACUCACAGGACUUGUCGCGAUCGAUAUGCUGUCCAAAUUGACAUCAUCACCUCCUCCUUUGAUCUUCUUGGACACCUUAUACCAUUUUGCAGAGACAUAUGAACUGGUGGAGGAUGUGAAGAAACGAUACGGUGUCCCAGUUCGCGUUUUCAAGCCUGAAGGAUGCGAGACAGCGAAGGAUUUUGAAGAGACUUAUGGUUCAAAAUUGUGGGAAACAGACGAAGCCAAAUACGAUUAUCUGGUCGAACCAGCACGGAGAGCCUAUGAAGCCUUUAACGUCAAAUCUGUCAUCACUGGCCGACGCGCAUCACAAGGCGCCGCACGCGCUUCUCUCCAGCCCCUCGAAGUCGACUCUACUGGACUCCUCAAACUCAAUCCCCUCUUUGCGUGGAACUUCUCAUUAGUUGAGUGGUAUAUCAAGGAGAAUAAUGUUCCAAGGAACAAACUCCUCGAUCAAGGGUAUCGCAGCGUUGGCGACUGGCAUAGCACCACGAAAGUUGCGGAAGGUCAGGAUGAACGGGCUGGAAGGUGGGCUGGAAAGGAAAAGACUGAAUGCGGUUUGCAUGAGGACUACUUCAAAAUGAAAGCUCAGGCAAAAGUUGCAGCCCAGUGA